AUGGAGUGCUCAUGUCUACGAAGUAGAAGCAUCUUUUGGUCGAAACAAGCUUAUCUGGAUGGCAACUAUGUCGGACUUGCCACCAUCAUUUUAUCUUUCAUCCUCUCAGUCCUUGGUAUUGUAUAUGUUCAGGAAGCAGAAAGGAAAAUUCCACUUAACUAUGUCUCAAGGUACACCAGCAGAAGUGGAGGGCUUCAAAGCCCUGCUUACUUACCCUUCAAGGUAAAUAGCUCUGGAGUGAUGCCCAUUAUAUUUUCUACAUCUUCAUUGGUUCUCCCCGGAACCAUUGCACGCUUCACGGAUUUAGCUGCACUGAAGAAAGCUGCCGUGGCUCUGAACCCAGCGGGUUCUCUAUGCCUGCCAACCAACGUACUAUUAAUAGCCUUCUUCAACUACUACUACACUUCCCUACAGUUGGACACUGAUGAUGUCAGUGAACGGCUGAAACGCCAAGGAGCAUCAACACUGAACACCCCCUUGUUCGACCAGGCAAAACUACAGCCGCAUUCAUCAAGACGGUAA